AUGAUCGAAGUUCAGGACCUCAUUGUCUCGAGAGGGGGAGAUCCCAAAAAAGUGAUUGAGAGUCUGCAAAAGCGAUACGCCUCCACCGAGAUCGUCGACGAGGUCAUUGCGCUCUGGAACGACGCCUAUCAGACACGGUACAAGGCCAGCCAGUUUGGCGCAAAGAUCAAUGCGGUCCAAAAAGAGAUCGGGCAGUUGAAGAAAGCAAAGCAAGACGCGGACCAUCUGCUACAAGAAAAGAUCAACUUGGAAAAGGAGAAGAAGAAGGUCGAAGAGGAGGCCGCAGAGAAGGAGAAGUUGAGAGACCGCAAGUGCAAAUUGAUUGGCAACUAUGUGCACGAGUCGGUGCCGGUCAACGAUAACGAGGACUUUAAUGAGGUGGUGAAGAAGUGGGCUCCGGAAGGCUUCACAGAAGAAAAACGAGACUGUCUCUCCCACCAUGAGGUGAUGACCCGGGCAGAAGUCUACGAUGGCGAACGAGGCGUCAAGCUGGUCGGUCAUCGAGGUUACUUCCUUCGCAAAUGGGGUGUCCUGCUGAACCAAGCCCUCAUCAACUACGGCCUACACUUCCUCGUCUCCAAGGGCUACGAUCCACUACAACCACCCUACUUCAUGAAGGCAGAGUACAUGGCCAAAACCGCACAGCUGGAGCAAUUCGAUGAAGAGCUUUACAAGGUCGUUGAAGACAAGGACGCAGAGGACAAGUUUCUUAUUGCGACCUCCGAACAGCCCAUUUCGGCAAUGUUCGCUGAAGAGUGGUUGACGGAAAAGGAUCUGCCCAUGAAGUUUGCAGGCUAUUCUUCGUGUUUUAGAAAGGAGGCUGGUGCGCACGGGAGAGAUGCCUGGGGGUUGUUUCGCAUACACCAGACGUCUAUCCAGAUCGAACAAUUCCUCUUUGUCAAACCCGAAGAAUCCUGGCAAGCGCUGGAAGACAUGAAAUCUAUUGCCGAAGAGUUCUACCAAUCCCUGAAGCUCCCCUACCGGGUUGUGGCGAUCGUUUCGGGCGCACUCAACAACGCAGCGGCCAAAAAAUACGACCUGGAAGCGUGGUUCCCGUAUCAAGGCGAAUAUAAGGAGCUCGUAUCCUGCUCAAAUUGCACCGACUACCAGACGCGAGAGCUGGAGAUCAGGUACGGACAGAAAAAGGGCGCCAUCGACACGAGGAAGGGGUAUGUUCAUGCCCUGAACGGAACGCUGUGUGCUACAGAGAGGACCUUGUGCUGUCUGGUGGAGAACUAUCAAAAAGAAGACGGCAUUGAAGUGCCCGAGGUCUUGAAACGGUAUAUGCCACCCGGGACGCCGGACAUCAUUCCAUACACAAAGGAAUUGCCCAGAGAUACGACCUCGGCAAAGGUCAAGCAACCACCCAAGCCAAAGGCAGGAGGCGCGCCUGAAGGUGGCCCCAAGCGAGACAUGCCGGCGGCGGAGAAUGUCGCAGACAAGAUGAAGAACAUGAGUGUGUAA